AUGUCUUCUACUGAUACUUCUGCAGCCGCUCAAGAAUUGAGAAAAUCUUUAUUAAAUGAUGUAUCCACCAGUUACGGGUUAAUGGGAUUGACUUGGAGAGCUGAACCAGUUACAUACGAUUUAGCCAAGUACACAUUGGACGAGGUAUUGAAAACAUGUCCAUCCAGUAAAGUUAUGUUCAAUGUUGGUGAAUUCUAUGGUAAUGAUGGUAUUAACUUAGAAUAUUGUUACAACUAUAUAUCUCAUUUGGAUGCCAAUGAUAGAGAACGUGUUAUAGUUAGUUGCAAAGGCGGUGUCGAUCUGAAAACUCUAAUUCCCGAUGGCAGAAGAGAAUUUGUUGCAAAAUCGAUUGAGAGUUGUUUACAUUUUUUGAAAUAUAUUGAUAUAUUCCAAGUAGCUAGGGUAGAUAUGGAGCAUUGGAGGGAAAGUUUUGAUACCAUUGUUGAAUAUAUUAAGAAAGGGAAAAUUGGUGGUAUUUCAUUGAGUGAAGUUACCUUAGAUCAGUUGAAAACGAUUAAUAAAGAAUAUGGCGAUUAUAUAUGUUGCGCUGAACUAGAAUUUUCCAUGUAUAGUAGGCACAUUUUGGAUGAUGGUACCAUUGCUUAUUGUAAUGAAAUUGGAUUGCCCAUUGUUUGCUAUUCACCAUUGGGUGCCGGUAUUUUAACUGGGGCAAUUACCAAGAACGGAGACAUUCCCUCAGGUGAUUUUAGAAAAUCCUUGAAGAUGAUGAGCGACAAUGGUCUUAAACAAAACCUCCAACUGGUUGAAUAUUUGAAAAAGAAUUUUUAUAUUGAGGGUAAAAGAUCGUUGCCUCAAAUUGCUAUUAGUUGGAUUUUACACUAUAAUAAGAUCUUUAAAAAGACAAACUUAAUUCCACUUCCAGGUGGUACAACUCCUGAUAAAGUAAGGGAUAAUUUGACUGCGUGUGUUGAUUUGUUAAGCGAUGCCGAAUUUGCUCAAAUUAAUGAAUUUUUGAAGACAUUUAAUAGGGUUGGUUCAAGAUAUGAGUUUGCAGCUUAA